UAAUGUGAAGACAAUUAUGUCUUUUCGAAUCGCUAUCUCGAAUUGACUGCAGUUGCUGUAUUUUGAAAGUUCAAAACUACAAUUUUUUAUGUGCAAUUUCUAUGAAUACCGAAAUUUGUGUAUUAUAUUAAAACUGUGGAUAUUGGAUAGAAACAGUUGAAAAAGGGUGCUGCAAAUCAAGAGUCAAAAUUGACGACACGUGCCGCACUUGCCGCACACACAAAGGACAAAAGAUCCGCUUGGCGACACGUGCUGAACACGUUUCGCCAAUCAGAUUUAUAAACGGAGGCGUUCCGUUUACCGUUAUGCGGCAAUAUAACAAUAUUUAAGCAGAUAUUGUACAACAAAUAAAAAGAGCAUUUAAUGUAAAAUGUUUUCCAUGGACAACUUUGACUUGGAGGCCACAAUGGCUCGGCACUUCUUUGAAGGAUCGCAGGCAACCAAUGCCUCCAACUCCAGUUCCGAGUACUUUUUCGGAGAUGAGCACAGCUCGGAGAGCGACGACGACGAUGAUGCCUACAGCAGUGGUUUCAACAGCGACCAGGAGAACAACGAAAAGACACGGCGCAGUCACAAGCCUCGUCGCUUGAAGUGCGCCUCCCAAAUGGCCCAGCAGCGACAGGCAGCUAAUUUGAGGGAGCGACGACGCAUGCAGAGCAUCAAUGAAGCGUUCGAGGGACUCCGCACCCAUAUACCAACAUUGCCCUACGAGAAACGCUUAAGCAAGGUCGAUACGCUGAAGCUAGCUAUUAGUUAUAUAACCUUUCUGAGCGAAAUGGUCAAGAAGGACAAGAACGGCAACGAAGCUGGGCUGAGCUUGCAGCGCAAUUACCAAAAGGAGCCGCCCAAGAAAAUCAUACUUAAGGAUCGCACCGGCGGAAUGUCGCAUUCGUUGUCGUGGUAUCGCAAGGGUGAUCGCUAUCCGGGAAGCAAGCUUUACGCACGCACUUGGACACCGGAUGAUCCCAAUGGGGCAUGCAACAACCAACAGCAUGCUCAGUCGCUGUACACCAGCAACACCACUGCAAAGACAGGCAGCAGCCCAAAUUCUAGUCAAAAUCACAACAGCAAUCAGAGCAGCGAAGAUUUCAGUGUCAGUGGCGAUAUCAGCGAUGCUGGCGCUGCAGCGAGCAUCUUUGGCAGCGGAAGCGGUCUUUAAGAGAGUGUUCUUCAAUUCGCAAUGGAUAUUUCUCAACUAGUCAGGCUUGCUAGUCAACAGCAUGUAGUGGCACCAUUACUAAAAAUACAAUACAUACAUAUAUACAAAU